GCGUGGUUAAAGCGUUUUCCUCCAUGGGUGCAGGCGGCCGCGAAUUUUGAUGGCUCGGGUCUCUUCACAUCGCGGGGCCGGCAGAGCCUAGCUGUCCGCGUUCUGUGCCACGCUCGGCUUGGAGCAGGGCCGGCAGCCGGGGCGAUGCGGGCCGGCGGCGCCCUGAGCCGCUCCGGGCUGCUGCUGCUCUUCAUGGCCGCCGCGCCUUGGGUGGCGGCGCGCCCACGGCUCCGGGCCUCGCAGGACCGGCCUCGGCCCAACGUCGUGCUGGUAGUCUGCGAUUCUAUGGAUGGACGCCUGACAUUUCACCCAGGAAACCAGACUGUGGAUUUGCCUUCCAUACGCUUCAUAAGCAGAUAUGGCACCACCUUUCUCAAUGCCUACACCAAUUCCCCCAUUUGUUGUCCCUCUCGUGCAGCUAUGUGGAGUGGUCUUUUCACUCAUUUAACAGAAUCUUGGAAUAAUUUCAAAGGCUUGGAUCCAGGUUAUGUGACGUGGAUGGAUUUGAUGGAGAAACAUGGCUACCACACACAGAAGUAUGGCAAACUGGACUAUACUUCUGGACAUCAUUCAGUAAGCAACCGUGUGGAGGCUUGGACCAGAGAUGUUGACUUCCUGCUGCGGCAAGAAGGGAGACCCAUGGUAAACCUGACAGGGGACAAGAAGCACAUGAGAGUGAAGGAGGCAGACUGGAAGAACACUGAUAAAGCUGUGAGCUGGAUCAAGGAAGAAGCCAUUAACUUUACUCAACCCUUUGUUCUUUACUUGGGGCUAAAUUUACCACACCCAUAUCCAUCACCCUAUGCAGGAGAAAAUUUUGGAGCUUCUACGUUCUUGACAUCUCCCUAUUGGCUCCAAAAGGUAAGUUAUGGAGCUGUAAAAAUUCCCAAGUGGUCUUCUCUUUCAGAGAUGCACCCAGUGGACUAUUACUCAUCUUACACCAAGAACUGCACAGGAGAGUUUACAAAGGAAGAAGUGAGAAAUAUCAGAGCAUUUUAUUAUGCUAUGUGUGCAGAGACAGAUGCCAUGCUGGGUGAGAUUAUUUCGGUUCUGAGAGACACCAAGCUCCUUCAGAAGACAAUGGUUAUCUUCACUGCAGACCACGGGGAACUUGCAAUGGAGCACCGGCAGUUCUACAAGAUGAGCAUGUAUGAAGGCAGCUCCCAUGUUCCUCUCUUAGUUAUGGGGCCAGGUGUGAAAGAGGAGCAGCAAGUACCAAAUGUGGUCUCUCUCGUGGAUAUAUAUCCUACUAUGCUUGAUAUAGCAAGAAUUCCCGUGCUACAGAACCUCAGUGGAUAUUCUCUUAUCCCGCUGCUACGUGGGAAAGCUGACAAUGAAGUUUCACCCCCCGAGGUGUUGCGUCGUCCCCCCUGGGUGCUGAGUGAGUUCCAUGGGUGCAACGUGAACUCUUCCAGCUACAUGCUGCGCGCUGGCCGGUGGAAAUACGUUGCGUAUGCAGACGGCCGCUCCGUGCUCCCACAGCUCUUUGACCUCUCUGAAGAUCCAGAUGAGCUGACAAACGUCGCCAUGAAAUUGCCAGGUGUUGUACGUUCCUUGGAUAGGAUGCUCCGCUCUGUAGUCAACUACCCAAAGGUUUCUUCUGCUGUUCAAGAGUACAACAAAAGGGAAUUUAUCACUUGGAAACAAAGUUUGGGUCAGAAUUACUCAAAUGUGAUUGCCAACCUUAGGUGGCAUCAUGACUGGUUACAGCAACCCCAAAAAUUCGAGAGUGCAAUUGACAAGUGGCUGAGUCAAAGUACGUAACAACCACUUAGAUUUAAUAUCAUGGAAUAGUUUCAGUUGGAAGGAGACCUCCAAAGGUCAUUUAGUCUGUUCCUGUGGCAGAAACAUCCUCCACCAGAUCAGGUUGCUCAGAGCCUUGUCAAGCCUGACCUUGAAUAUCUCCAGAAAUGGGACCUCAGCUACCUUCCUGGGCAAACUGUUGCAGUGCUCCAGCUCUUGUAAAGAGCCUGGCUGAAGGAAUGAAAACAUUCUGCUUUUAAAAGUGUCCUGUAGGAUUUGUAAUAUCCUAAAGGAAUUUUGCAUAGGAAAGCUUGUACAAUAGCAUGGGUUGAGUCUAUUCAGUAGUUUCCUAGUUAGAAAAAAAACAUAAAAUAUUAAGUAUUAAAACAGAAUCAAAAAAGUUGACAAGUAGUGUUGGUCUGAGUGCAGAUGCAGCUUAGUCAGUACCUGUUAGGUCCACAUUCCUGUUUCACACAUCAGUUCACUCUCUGUCCUUCCAAGAUCUGCCUUCUAAUAUCUUGCUUUUAGAUCUGGCUUAAACUCUCAUGGUAUGUGUAAGCUACUCGUUGAACAUCUCUGCAAUCAAAAGAGGAACCUGGUCCCUGCUCACUGUCAGAAAUGAAAAACCAACCACAAUCAGCCCCCUCUGACCAAACCUAUCAGUAAAGCAGUUGUCUGAAAA